UUAGAACAUUAAUCUAAUCUAUAUUCUAAGAAAUUUACAUAUGUAUUGUACCUACUUGAGAAUUAAGUCACCAAAAGUUGCAAUUGAAAGAAAUAUUGACUAAAUUAUUAUAUUAAAAUAAUAAUGAUAAAUAAGACAUGCAGUCAUUAAUGACAAUUUUUAAUUUUUCAGGGUUUUAUUUAGUUAAUUAGUUCAUGGAUAACUUAGUUCUUAGGUUGAUCCGGUAGAUACACCGAUCCCAAUAAACAAAAAUAAGGUUCUCUCCGAAAAGAUUAAAAAAACAUCAACAGAUUAGAUUGAAAUGAUAUUACUUAAGUGAAAUUAUAUUGAAUUAGUCAAUUUGUUAUUUACAGAAUGGCUGGAAAGCCAGAUUGGCGGCAGAAGAUUGAAAUGAGUUCACUGAUGGCGAUAUAUCCAUCCCUUGAAGAUCUCACAGAGGGCAACAAAAAAAAACCCAUCGAGAUUCGUUUCAAAUUUAAACCAAGCAGUGUUGAAGCACUGGUUGGAGGUUGUUUAUAUGUUGUUUGUCCAUUGUCUUAUCCAGAAGAAUUACCAGAUUUUAAAUUAGAGAACAUCAAAGGCCUCUCAGCAGAUAAUUUGCAACAACUGGAAAAAGUUCUUUUAGAAGCAGCCCAGAAAAAGAAAGGAGGAGCAUUAAUUUAUGAUUUGUGUUCAUGUUUCCAGGAUUUUUUAUAUGAACAGAAUGAUGAUUUGCUAAAAUUGAAAGAAAUGGAAAAGGAGAAAAAGCUGAAGGAAAAACAAGAAAAUGAAGAAAGAAACAGAGAAAAAAAUAAACAACUAUCCCUAAGGUUGAAUGCACAGCAACCAAAUUGCGCUGAUUCUACUGAACCACCUGAGGAAAGGAAUUUUUCUGAAGAUACUGAUGGAAUAUGUUCUCAUGAUUCAUCAUGCACUAUGUCCAUAGGAUCAAGAAAAAUUAUAAGGGGAAAAUGUUUGGAGCAUUUUGGUGGUUCAAAUCAUUCUAUUCACAUUGGAAUCGAUAAAGAGAAUGGUAAAACAUAUAAUGUUUAUGAAUGGAAACUUACAAACUUCAGUAAAAAUUCAGAGCAGACACUAAAGCAAAUUAAAGCCAUUGAACAAGAAUUCAACUCUGGCAUCAAGACUUUGAAACAUGAUAAUUUGGUAUCAUAUUACAAUAUCUUAUCAGUCAGACAUGAAGAUCAUUAUAUCAUCCAAACAGUGGAGGAACAAAUAAGGGGUCACAAUUGUCACACCCUAUUCAUCAAAUUCAAGAUUAAUAUAGGUAUUAACUAUAUCAGAUAUAUUGCAAGAAGUGUUCUUGAGGCUCUAGAUUAUCUACAUAGUAAAAAUGUAGUUCACAGAGAUAUUAGAAGUUCAUAUGUUUAUAUAGAAAAAGAUAAUGUGAAGGUAGCAGGCUAUGCAACCCAUCGAAGGUUAUCUGAUCUAGUUAAGAGUAAACCAUUAAUGAACUAUAAUAAAAGGAAAGAUAUUCAAAAGUUUGGAAAAUUCAUUCUCGAGCUAGUUUCUGGGGAACCAAUGUCUGAUGAGGAAGAUAUGGUCGUACCUGUAUCACUUCCUCUUGAUCUUUGCGACUUUCUUAAAAUGUGUAAAGACGAAGAGCAGCAAUAUACGACUACUAAGUUGCUUGAACAUAAAUUUCUCAGUCGAGAGUCUUUUCACUUUGGUCUAGGAGAUGAUGAAUCGGAUUAUCCUGAGAAUAAAUAUAGUUUUGAAAUACAGAAGAGAAAUUUCCUUAGAAAAACUUCAACAAGUUUUGAUCAUUCCAGAAUAUCAUCUGAAUUUGAAUUGGUUGAAGAACUUGGAAAAGGGGCUUUUGGAAGUGUUCAUAAAUACAGGAAUUUACUUGAUGAAAGAUUCUAUGCAAUUAAAAAAAUCCAGCUCAACACAAAAAGUAAACAUACAAUAAAAAAAAUCAAAAAUGAAGUCAAAUUGCUCUCUAGGUUGAAUCAUGAAAAUGUGGUCAGAUAUUACACUUCAUGGAUUGAGGAAGUAGAAGUGGAUGAUAGACCAAGCUCAUGUGAAUCUGAAUAUUCAUUAGAGAAUGAAGAAAAAGUGAAAUAUAUCCCUAAACCUGAGCAGUUGACCCUGUUUGAUGAUGUGGAGAAAUUAGCACCUCCAUCAAGUAGAAAUAUAGUUUCAACUACAUAUAGUCAUCUCCGAGCUCAAUCAUCCUCCUCUGAAUCUGAAUCCAGCGAUGAAGAUGAUGAUAACAAUGGUUGCAGCAAUAGAUCUGAAUCUGAUGGUAUCAUAUUUCAAGAAUCAGAAGGUGCAUUAAAUGAAAUUGAGGAUGAGGUUCGAGACAGUGAAACUUUCGAAACAAAAUCUACAAAUCUGAAGAAAACAUACAUUUAUAUUCAGAUGGAAUUUUGUGAAAAUAGCACUUUAAGAUCUGCUAUAGAUAAUGAUUCAUUAUGCAAUGACGAUACUAGGGUUCAACGACAUUUCAGAGAAAUUCUUGAGGGAUUAGAUUAUAUUCAUAAGCAGCGCAUGAUUCACAGAGAUUUAAAACCAGCAAAUAUUUUUUUGGAUUUGCGAAAACGUAUAAAAAUUGGAGAUUUUGGACUGGCUACAAGAAAUCUAAAGAGCAAAUUGAUUGAAGACCAUACUCAUAAAAGUGAAUUAGAUUCUUUGAUAGAAAUGGGGGAAAGUAAAACUGGAAAUAUUGGAACAUUUUUUUAUGUAGCUCCUGAAAUGAAUACUAGUGCUAAAGUUGCUUAUAACAAAAAAGUGGAUGUUUAUAGUUUAGGUAUUAUUUUAUUUGAAAUGUGCUACAAACCAUUUCCAACUGGAAUGGAAAGAAAUUCUGUGUUACUUGAAUUACGAAAGAAGGAAGUUAAGUUUCCGAUGGAUUAUGAAUCGACUCUUGUGAAAAAAUAUUCUGCUAUUAUAAGAUGGCUCUUAGAACAUGAGGUUGCCAAACGACCUACCGUAGAGGAUAUACUUCAAUCAGAACUUGCACCACAACCUAUUUUAGAGAAUAUAGAACUGAUCAAAAUGUUGAAUUAUACAGUUUCGAAUCCACAAACUAAACUUUACAAGUCUUUAGUAGCGAAUCUCUUCCAACAAAAAAUGCCUGAGAUCAAUGAUUUAUCCUAUGAUCUUGAGGAAUCUUUCAUCACUUUGAAUAAAAGUGUGGAUAAAUAUUACGACUUAUUAAAAGAGAUUGCUGUGAAGGUGUUCACAAGUCAUGGAGCCAAAAAUAUGGCUACUCCUCUCCUUAUGCCUUUCACUAAUAAUUAUACAUUUCAAAAUAAUGAAAUGUGUGUUAAGCUCAUGACUCAAGGAGGACAAAUCGUUUCUGUUCCAUGUGAGCUCAGAGUUAAUUUUGCCCGAUAUGUUGCAUGGGCUUCUUUAUUUCUUUUUAAACGUUAUUCCAUUGAUAGAGUUUUUCAUGAGCAAAUGGUGUUUGGUGUUAGCCCCAAAACUUUUUAUGAGUGUGCCUUUGACAUUGUCACUCCUACCCCAGGUAAAUAUUUCUUACCUGAUGGAGAAGUGCUACAUGCAGUUUAUGAAAUUUUAAAGGAAUUACCAGUAUUUAACAAUGGAAAUGUAGUAAUACAUCUGAACCAUAGAUUGUUGUUGAAUGCUAUUUUGACUUACUUCAAUAUUGACGAAGGAUACCAUUCCAAAAUAAUAGAAAUAUUUCAUGGACGUGAGGCUAAAAAUGCCAAUUUGGAAAUAAACCUAGCCAAUCUCCAUUUGACUUCUUCACAAAUUAGUAGUUUGAUUGGAAUAUUUUUCUCCAAACAAGAACCAGGUAAAGUACCACCUAUCAUCAAAACAAUAAUAAACGGUAAAGUGCCUGAGAGUAGGAAAUAUGCUGACGAAGCUUUAAACGAACUAACUGGAAUUAUGGAUAUUGCUAAAGAAAUGGGAGUAGAAUUUGAUAUAUGUAUUGUACCAGGGCUUUUCUACAAUGUUCAUCAAUUUUCGGGAAUGAUUUGUAAAUUUUUGUCAAAAAAAAAAAAUGGAAAGUGGGAAACACUGGCAGCAGGAGGAAGAUAUGAUUCAAUGAUUGCACAUUAUCGCAAUUUAUUACAAAACACAGAUUUUGCGAAAGAUAUCUCACAGUCUGCCGUUGGUAUAACGAUUUUUUUUGAUAAAAUCGUUGCUAUGCUAAAAAGUUCAAGCAAUGCACCCAGUAUGAAAUACACAGAUGUACUAGUUUGUUUAGAAGAUGAGUGGCUUCCACAUCGACUAGUAACAGUGCUGAAGAAUUUAUCAACGCUUCAAAUAGAGUGGAUGUUGUUUCAAACAAAUUCAAGAAAAGAAGCAGAUGAAUAUGGUGAAUCGUUGGGAAUUCCACACAUAGUGAUGCUGCUAAAAAAUUACAAUGAAAAUAAACUUGUGCUGAAAAGUUGGAAUGAGGACAGAACCAAAUACCACGAAAAGAAAUGUAAUAUAACAGAAUUGAUUGAAGAACUUAAAAGAGUCAUAAAAAAUAAUUCUCCAGCUGGUGUUUCGAACUUGAGUAGAUCUGAAAGUAGAUCCUAUGUUGAAAAAUCUAAUAAUGAAUCAUUUUCAAUAGUUUUCCACACACCGGUUCCUUCCAAAAAACGCUAUGAAAAUCAAAUAAACUCUAAACUGGAUGAUAUUCGAGAGCGAUACCAUGGACCACUAGUAGUUCUGGCUUUAAAUAUUGAAAUGAGUGAAAUUAAGCAAAUUGUAGGACAUUUCGAUUUUGAAACAGAAAAAUCAUUCAACAACUCUUUGAAAAAUUUUGGUGUGAGAAAUUCCAGGCAGAAGGCAUUACAAGAAAUUUGCGAAUUCAUCUAUGAAUAUAAGUCCAAACCAAAUAAGCCAUUUGUUAUUUUAUACAGUUUAAUAGAUUCAUCUUUCAAAUUCAUAUAAUGAAAUUAUUUUUUUAAUGUAAUAAUUGACUGAAAUAUAUGUUUUUAUAUUGA